UAUUCCUGUCGAUGUUCUGAUCACAGUGCUCGCAGCCCUCCCAUAUUUCUCUAAAGACAGAUUCAUGAUUGAAACUCUUGAAGGGAAUUGUCAGGAAUACGGAUACCUAUUUUUUGUAAAUUAAAAACUGACAUUGUAAUAUGCUGUUGCAUUAGAUGCUGCUCUCAGGUCGAGUCGGACCCACAUUGUCAAAUACAUGUAUUGCGUCUUGGAUGGUGUAAUUUCAUGGGUUUAUAAAAGUGAUCUUUUCAGAGUAUACUGUGAAAAUUGUCUCAUGUAGUGCCUUUAGUUGGUACGUAUGGGGUGUGCAUAGUCUGUGGAAAGGCUAUGCAAAAUUGCAGAUUCUCUAUACCCCUGGCCUGGCGGAAGAAGCUUGUAAUGGAAUAAAUUCACUCUGCUGAUUUAUUGUCUCCAAUAUAUGCAAGUAUCAAGUCAUAAGGUUUUUUCUACUUGAUUACGUUUACAGAGAGAUAAAACCCACUCAUUGGCUGCAGCGAUUCUAGGCUUGUUACACACCUGGUUGGCAGCUGUCAACAGUUAUAAAAUGUCACCCGUUGUUUUACUCGUCCCAAUCAAAAUGUCACCACUGAAGCUUUUUCAGUGCAGUUUGUUUCCUGUAGGCAAACCAAUUAUGUUACGCGAAAUGAAAGUGCCGUAGUUCACUCACUUUACCCAUAAUCCUCACUGAUCUUCCAAAAGCCACUGGUAGGUUUGGAAGGAUUUUGCAGGAUUGUAGGAGGCACAGCCCAGUCACUAUUACUCGCCUAGUAUGCCUACUAUCACCGAAACUGUCACCUGUUGAAUUGUACUGAGCAACAUUCCCAUGUAAGUGAAGCAUAAAAGCUGGCUUGUUGGUCCUAUACGUGUACAUGUACAUGUAUCUUUUAUGCGUGUGCCACAGAUUUUAAUUGUCUGUGAAACAUUUUCAUGCCGAGCUUUCAUUCAACAGACAGUUUGAAUCUGUCUCUUCCUUUGGGGAUGCUAUUUUUUCUAAGUUGAGGAUUGGCCAUUUUCCUGUCAACUUUCUUCCUGAGUUGUGAAGUUUAGAUUUCAUUUCAGCCUCUCCUUGCCAGAUCUGGGUUAUUGAGGUCAAACAAUUAUCUGACUUCUUGUAUGCUGUGGUUCCUGCAUUUGGAGCUCUUGAGUGGUUUCUAUUAUGUGAAGGUAUUCAGAUGACAAUUCAUCCAAAGGGUAUUGGGAGGAGGGAGUGGCUACAUGUACAUGUAUGUGGAUUGAUUGAAGGUCUGUGAAGUGCUAAUAUUUCGACAUUAGAAUGAACAACGUGUACAUGUGUCGUCAUCAUUCCUUUUCCCUGCCCAAAAUAACUCCUUAUAUUCCCCAGCAUGAGAGAGAACCUGACAUACAUAUCACGUACAUGUACAGCAUGCUGCGGACAAGUGAGUUCACAAACAACGCUCGACAAAAUAGGUUGGCUUGUAAAAAGAGGAAGUACAUGUAUUGUAUUGAAGCAAAUCAACGUGCAAUGUCCGAUGAAUUGACCAGCGAAGAUGACAAGCAAGGAUGUAAAAGAAAGUGUCGAAAUGCCAGCGAAAAGAAGCGGCGAGAUCAGUUCAACUGCCUCAUUCAGGAACUGGGAUGCAUGGUGUCGACCAAGAACCGCAAGAUGGACAAGUCUGCCGUCUUGCGCUCCACGAUCAACUUUCUCAAGGCACAUAAUGACAACACCCUCAAGUCGGAGACGUCAAUCAAGGAAAAGUGGAAACCUUCGUUCCUGUCAGACAACGAGUUCAGUCAGCUGAUGCUAGAGGCCUUGGAUGGGUUUCUUAUUGUCUUCUCCCAACAGGGCCACAUCUUGUACACGUCCUGCAGCAUUACGUCACUCUUGAGACAUUUACCGAAGGACCUCGAAAACUGUACAAUAUACGAACUGGUUCACGAGGACGACCGGCCUAAGAUCUUUAAGAUCCUGUCGGAGGUUGACAGCAGCCGAGACAACGAGGGGGAGCUGCUCAGUAAGCGUUUCACCUUCCACUGUCAGAUGAGACGAGGCUCCCUGCAACCCAACGAGCUGGUGGAAUAUGAGACGGUCAAAAUCCAUGGCAACUUCACCAUGAUCAACAAGGAUGAAGGUGUGCUUCCCCUUGACAUGGGAAUGGCACGGUACUGCUUCGUAGCCACUGUCCGCCUUCAGACGACCCAACUAAGUCGCGAGAUGGCCACCUUUAGUGAGCAGCAGAACAAGUUUAUGUCCAGACAUAGCCUGGAUUGGAAGUUCCUCUUUCUUGACCACAGAGGCCCUCCAAUAAUCGGUUACCUUCCUUUUGAAGUCUUGGGAACGUCUGUGUAUGAUUACUACCACCAAGAUGAUUUAGAAAAAGUCGCACAUUGCCACGAAGCAUUAAUACAGACCAGCGAAGGCAUAUCGUGCUACUACAGGUUCCUGACGAAGGGACAGGAGUGGAUAUGGUUGCAGACUCGCAACUACAUCACUUACAAUCAGUGGAACUCCAAACCGGAAUUCAUCGUCUGCAUGCACAAAGUCGUCAACUACGCCGAGGUUCGUAAUGAUGUGAACCAAUCCCUGAAUCUGACGGAAGACUCGCGGAUAGCGGCGGAUAAAUCUGACAGCGGCGCUGCUAUGGAUUCACACACCAGCACGUCGGACAUGUCAGCAUCCACCUCACCGGUAUCUUCCAUAGACGGUGACCACUACCUCAAGAAGCACAAGAAAUCCAAGACACUGGUUGAGUCAUUUCACGGCGUAGGGAGUAUGGCAUCCAUUCGUCCGCCCAUACAGCCAACUGGCCCAUCCGUCCAGCCCAACACGCCAAGCUUGAAACCCCCUCAGCCGACCCCUCCACGGCCCCACUACGUCCCCCCGCCACUCCUGUGCAGUGUCAGUAGUCAGAAGAGUACCUGCACAGACAACAGCAGCCACCUGUAUUCAGACCAAGAGGUGCUGCCUAGCUCGCCUUCCAAUGUCAGUGCACAAGUAGCUAGUGACUACAAUCAGAACCUCCAAGUGCAGCAGAGCACACUGGCACCAGAGCUGGUCAUGGUGCAGAUCAAGCUGCAGGAACAGCUGGUGCAGCGGCACCAGAAGCUGCAAGAGGCCAUAGUGCAGCAGCAGAAGGAGCUACAGGCCGUGCAGCAACAGCUGCUAGUGGCGCAGCAGUUCCUAAUCCACAGCAACCCCUUCCUGCAGGGGCUAAUGGUGCCCACUACGCAACCAGAUGUUUUGCAAGCUGACACAAAUGUCACCAUGGAUGAAAGCCUCGUUGACCAAAUACUGAGUCACCAGGCCAUGGAGGCAGCAUCUCAAGCCCAGCCGAGCAUGCCGAGUACGAGCAGCACCUUGGUGCCAGAGAGUUCUGGUCUGGCAGCAGACCCAUCGGUUUCAGCACACUCAUCAAUGCAAGCAAUGGGAGCGCAGUACACGGUAUCUUUCUUCCCCCAGAUGUUGGAGGGCUCUCAGCAACAGCAUCAGCAACAACAGCAUGACCAAGAACAGAAACUAAGACAGCGGCACCAGGAACAGCAACAUCUGCAGAGCCAGCUCCUAUUCCAGUCCGGGCAGAUGAUGCCCUCCUCCUCGCUGGGCUUUCUGGCAGCAGGACAAGCACAGCCUUCUGCAGUGCUCCCCAUGGUUCACCCGGAUUCCUCGUCGCCCUCUGGUUUCAGUACGCCCCGCCUCACUGCACCGGCCAUCACCACGCCCAGCCUGAGCAUGGCCCGGAUGAGCUCAGGCCUGGGCCCGGGCCCGACAGGCAACCUUGACUCCUCCCGGCUAGCCUCCCCUGCAACCUUACAAGCCGGCCCCCGUCUGUCGCCAGUGUCCCCGUCGUCGCAUAACCAGAGCUCCCCUAACACCCUGUCGCAAGCCGGAUCUGCUGGCACUGAUUCGGUGUCUAAUGCAGACUACCCCUACCAGAUUCAAGCCCUGUCUCCAGUCAUGGAUCCGUCAUCCAUGGGACUCAUGCAACAGUUGACAAUGCCUCCACGUACACAAACCGGACAGUGACAAGAGUUUUUCAGAACUCUUCAAAAAACAAUCCUAACACUUAACUAAACAAUGUGAACAGGUUGAUUGGAAAUACUAAGACAUCAGCUUUCAUAGGUGCUUAACUACUGUCAGUAGUUCGGCCUGUAAUCUUUUUCAUACGUUUAAUCUCAAAAAAACUUGUUGCACUUUUUGUACUGUAUGCAAAGCCAAGACACAUAUCCAGACUAUGUAGAUGUCUUUUUCUAAUUGCUCAAGAAAGGAGUAUUCAGGUGCACCACCCCGAUGAGAGAGCUGUGCUGUCUGUUGUAAGAUCCUCAGUGAGAGAUACUAUUCAGGAGAGUGCAUUUGCACUCCAUAUUUACAACCCAAAGCACUAAACAGUCCCGCAUGCACUGUACAUCUGUUACAUCAGGAAAGGAAGGGUCAUAGCUGGUGAAAGUGAAUUGUGUCAGACUGGUUCCUUUACAUGUCGGCAUUUUUUCCUGGUUACUUUAAUUUAGCAAGAUCAACUUUGGAUCCAAAUGACCCUGCAGUUUGUGCGUGGAAGUCACCAUCCCUUAAGUCUGGAAUGGAUACAUAUGUGUGGUGGGCAAAUUCUGGAAUGUCUGUCUAAGGUGUCCAUGCAGUGCAGUAUGUUUGUUUGUUUUUUUCUGUGAUCCGUAACAAGGCACCUGUGUUUUUCAAUUAAGCUUAUUUGCUAGUUUUGUUUGCUACAUUUUUAAAAGUAUUUUGGUGCAUUUGGGAUGUAUAUGCUUAUGCAAUGUCCAUAUUCAUGAGCACAACUGUGAUGUCAUCCUGGACAGAAAACCUUUAUGUUGCAUUAAUUUGUUCAAACAAAAACAAUAUGCUUGAAUUUGGAAAGGGGGGGUGUUUGAAAUCGGUGAGGCAUUGGUGUUCGAGUACAUGGCAAUAAACCUAUAAGAACCUUUCAAAUGAGCAAUGUCUUCCCUGGUUUGACAUGACACCAACAGCACUCUCUGUUGUCCAGAAAUGAAUGCGCAGUGUCAAGUGAAUUAAAAACAUGCACAUUUUGAAUACACUUACUCCCAAAAAGGAUGUCAAAUUGUUUUCAUACUUUAAAAAAAAUUCAGUUGCACAGAAAGUGUGUCGCAGAAAACUUCAUUGCAUGGAUGGUUUUAGCAUGGACAUAGCAAGCAUUUCAUACAAGAAAUAGACCAUGUGUUGGGUCAUAAAUGUCUGCACUUUAUACCAGUGGGGUCUUUAGUGUUCAUGUUAAAAAAAGCACACAAGUUUUCAACAAUGAAAGCUUUCAAUUGCCUCAAUGCUUUUUCUAUAUUCAUACUGAUUUUCUGAACAGGGUUUUUGCCGGUGCUAGACAUUUUCAUGUAAUUGUAAACCUAUCCAAAGGAUUUCUAUUUCAAGAGUGUGCUCUAUUUUCUUGGCCAACAGGUGGCCAAAGUGCCUUCGUAAAAAGUUAUCAAGUUAAUCUUCUUUGAAACUGCGAACAUCUUUUUUUGAAAAAUACAACAUAGAGUAGGCCAGUGUAACUGGUUUCAGUAAGUUUGAAACAAAAAUUUGGUGGCCUUGAUUUGGUUGAUUUAAACAAGGUUUUUUUUUUAAUUUCUUGUGUACUGCCCCAAUUCGAAUGCCCAAGCUCAGUGUUGUUACAUUUUUAAGAUAUCUAGUCAGCUUAUUUUCAACUUACAUUCCUUCUUUGACGUAUAUUAGUAUGAAGCCAGUGCGAUGUGUCGUCAGUAUUAUGGCUUUCAUUACUUGUCAGAGAAAAUCUUUGAUAUUCAAGGGCCACUUCAUGAAUCGUUCAUGGCAAGCCUGUAAAACUUGCAAUAAUCUGGCCACAGAUUGAAAAAGAAACGGGGUUUAGUUUCAAAUUACUCUUUAUUUGAACAAUUGUAUUUUAUUAGUACCUUUUCAAGAUUUACAGUGAGUCAUUAAAACUUCGUCGCUGUGUUCGUAACAAUGCACCAACUUACAAUUUAGCCACAUUCGAUGAUGUAAAUACCAUGCAGUUGCAUGAGACAGGAAUUUGUGUGCAUUUGGACGAAAAGGAAUUAGCAUGCAGUGUCAUGUGUGAGGUCACAUAGCAACCAUCUUCUGUUCCAGAACUGAGUCCACAAUACACACCAAACAUGUCGUCUUUCAUGCGACAAGAGUCCUUCUCGAUAAGUUGAUCAUGAAUUGAAAUUCUGUAGGACCCCCCCCCCAAUAUGGCAGUUGUGAGAUGUGUACCAAAGGUUCUUGCAUGCUGUCCGGUCAGUUGAGGGUUUAACCAUGGAGGAAGGACGCAGAAGGAGUUUGAACUGCUCGGGCUAUAACAUCUGGCAAAUUACCCCUUUCUGGCAUGCCCGAUAUGUCCAUAUCCAGAGCCCAGCGAAUGCUUGCUAUGCACCACCUGUUUCACAACCAUAAGCCCUUUUGUACUCUAUGAUCAUCGCCGCAAUUUUUCGUUGAUAAUCUGCAUCUUAAAACAUUGUGUACUGCAGUAUAGGAAGUUGAAUAUUCAUGCCAUCGAUGGUGCUUGGUAUGACCUGAAAACAUCAAAUUUAAUGAUUGCGCAGUUGCUUGUAUUAGGCUGUGUGCCCUUAGGGUUCAUGCAUAGUCAUUGCCGGUAUUGAACGCUUUCUUCUGCAGUUUUGGGAAUGACUAGCCAAAUUGUUUAUAAGAUUCUGUGUUUUAUUUGAAUCAUUUUUAUUACGGGAUUUAUACAAAAAGGUAUUUUAUGAGACCUCAUGAUCACUCCUUGUGAUGACAUAGGGCUUUUUGUUUUCCGUGAACUUAACUUUCCUGUGGUGGUAAACAUGUUGGCCAGUCUUAGCCAAACUCGUACAAAGACUUUGAAAACUGAUGUUUUUGAGUGAAAAAAUAAAAUUACAA